CUGUACACACCCACGUGUACAAGCACUGUACACACCCACGUGUACAAGCCCCACGCUUGUAUUUAAAACGGACGUUUAACCAAACUGCGCUGUUGGGUUUUGAAUAUCGCGACGACGUGGUUGGUGGUGGUGCCGUUGGGAUCAGCGGCUACAGACGGACCCUCUGAGUUGUGCAGUGCAGGCACGCGUUUGCCAUCCUUGGAGGCUGUCACCAUGUCGCAGGACCUGGGAGAGAUACACCCCCUGCCAAGCAUGACGGAUGUGGACCCUGACGCGCUCUUUCGGUGUCCCUACGACCCCAGUCACAUCCUGUGCGCGAAGCGCUACACCUAUCACGUGGCCAAGUGUAGCCUGACGCACAAGAAGGUGGCACAGAAGAUGCGCACGUGCCCAUUCAACGCUCGCCACCGGAUACUGAGGAGUAGCAUGGCCGAGCAUCUGGCCCAGUGCCCCGACCGGACGGUCGGCCCGACCGAGGUGGCGCAAGGGGCGGCGCGUGCGGAGAGAGGAGAUGGUCAUUCUUUGGUGCCGCAGAGCAGCUGGGAGGCACAACCAUGCCAGGAGGAUUGGGACGCAGAGAUGGAAGAAGAUGGCGAGAAGCAGCCUUACAUCUGGGGAAUAUCUGCCAUGUCCCGCAGUAAAACAAGACCGCUACCGGACAUGCCCGUGUUCGCCGUGCCCGACUAUCCACCGCCGCUGUCCUCGUCGCGUGGCCGCGGGGCCCGGAGGGGGAACAACUCUGCCGCUGGACCCAGUGGCAGGCAGCUCGCCUCCACGUCUGAUACCACGGGCUCUAAGCACAAGUCUGGCAACGCACAGGCAAGUGCAAGCUGCAAGUCACGAGGAGGCGCCGCUUGGCAAUAAGACUCCGAAGGGACCCAAAGAAAAAGGGGUUUUAUUAUCCCGUUGAGGAAAGAAAGAUUCAACAUAAUUUCGACUCGUACCGCGCCGCCGCCGGCAAAGUAUCCACUCCCCGCUGUCGACUCGUGUGGCACGGGGAGUGAACAAAGAAGCGUGAAGAAUUGCACUGGGACGGAAAGAGGAACACGUGGAUCAGUUGAACGAGUGCACAUUUUUUCGUGAAAUAUUUUCAAAGUUAAGUGGGCUUGGGCAGGACAUGUCGUUCGAAGAGGGGGUUGAUGGCUGUGGUCAAGGCUCGAGAGAUUGAGCGAGAUGGCGUGGAGGGAACAUGCCCCGAAAGGAUGUCCAUUUCGGACAUGGAGUGAUGAAUCGGCUUGUGCGUUGGAGCUAGAUUGUUGGCAUCCUGACACCUUGAGAGAUGGAAAAUGCUUGGGGAGGCGUGGCUGAUGUUGAGACCAUAUAUUUUUCCUGGGUUUUACAUUUUCUGCUG